GGGCAAAGAAAGACCCGAUAAGAAAACGGGGUCUGAAUUCUGAACUACCAACUAAUCCUCACACUCUGCACCUUCAACUUCCACUAUACGACGGAUAAGAGCUUAUGAAGUGGAUAGUUGUAUUGUAAACUCUGUUUCUGUGUGCUGUCAAAGUGCAACAAAAUAUAGGUGUUGUUAAAAAUCUCUCUGCUCAUUUGUAUGGCAAUGGUGAUCUCUUCUGUGCAUGCCACACUUUUUGCCAGGACCUCUCUCUUUCGCCAAAGUAAUGGCCUAAGAAGCUUAACAUUUUGUUUACCUUUCUCAUCUUCUGCUGCUUCUGUCUCUGCUGAUAACCUGUCUCGGAAGAAAUGGAAGCAGCCAGUUUUGUCAGUGUUGGAUCUUGGUGGAGUCAAGAUUAGGAGAGAAGAUGUGAUGAGAGAUGAUCCUACAAAUAAUGUUCCGGACAAUAUAUUUUCAAAACUUGGAGUGCAGCUUCACAGGAGGGAUCAACAUCCACUUGGGAUACUGAAGAAUACAAUAUAUGAAUAUUUUGACACAAAUUAUUCAAAUAAGUUCAAUAAGUUUGAUGAUCUUUGUCCUAUUGUUUCAGUGAAGCAGAAUUUUGAUGAUGUCUUGGUUCCAGAAGACCAUGUGAGUAGGAGCUAUAAUGAUACAUACUACAUAGACCCUCAAACUGUUUUAAGGUGCCACACAAGUGCUCAUCAGGCAGAACUAUUGAGAAGAGGAUACACCCAUUUCCUUGUUACAGGAGAUGUUUACCGUAGAGAUUCAAUUGAUUCAACUCAUUAUCCUGUAUUCCAUCAGAUGGAAGGCUUUCGGGUUUUUGUUCCUGACGAAUGGGAGGCAUCCGGAAUGGAUGCCACAUCAUUUGCAGCAGCAGACUUAAAGAAAUGCCUUGAGGGUCUAGCACGCCAUUUAUUUGGUGCCGUGGAAAUGCGCUGGGUGGAUACCUAUUUCCCAUUUACUAAUCCAUCAUUUGAACUUGAAAUAUAUUUCAAGGAAAAGUGGUUGGAGGUUUUGGGGUGUGGAGUGACAGAGCAAGAGAUUCUGAAAAGAAAUGGUAAAGCUAAUAAUGUUGCUUGGGCUUUUGGCCUAGGGUUGGAGAGGCUAGCUAUGGUUCUAUUUGACAUACCGGAUAUUCGUCUCUUUUGGACAAAUGAUGAGCGAUUUACCUCCCAGUUCUCCAAGGGCCUGCUGGGAGUCAAAUUUAAGCCAUUUUCAAAGUAUCCUCCUUGUUACAAGGACAUCAGCUUCUGGAUCAGUGAAUCAUUUACUGAAAAUAAUCUGUGUGAAGUUGUCAGAGGAAUAGCCGGCGAUCUUGUAGAAGAGGUUCAAUUAAUAGACAAUUUCACCAACAAGAAGGGAAUGACCAGCCACUGCUAUAGGAUUGCAUAUAGGUCUAUGGAACGAUCUCUAACUGAUGAUGAAAUUAACGAUCUGCAGUGGAAAGUAAGAGAACAGGUACAGAACAAAUUGAAUGUUGUCAUAAGAUGAGCUUUAAUGUGCUUAAAACUAUACAGCUUUGCUGUGUUUGUUCUCAAUUUUGUUUAUGUACAGAUGUUUUACCUCAGCAACUGAAUGAUGCUGUAGACAUGCAUUAUUUAAUUUCUGCAUAGUGAAUAUACACUACAUAGCUAGCCAUGGCUAUCCUUAUCCCAACAGGAAUCUGGAUCCUCUCAUUUUUCUUAAGAAUAUAAUAUUGUCCUGUUAUGGGGAAAAAAAUGCUUUUAGUGUAAAAUUGGUGAACCCUUAGAUAUGUAAUGAUAGGUACCUCAACAAUAAAAUUUGUGGUUUUUCUGUUUCAUAACAGAGCACUGAUAUGAUCUUGAGGAAAAUGAAAGAGUCCUCAUCUGCGGAACAAAUGGCUUGUGGACGAUUGUUUAC